CGGGCGCCCACCGGGGCCCGUCCCCUCCUCCAGCUGUCAGGCUGAACGUGGGCAGGGCCCUAAGGAGCGCCUGGAAGGGAGUUCCAAGAUAAUUCACUCGCAACCCCCAUGCCCUUGUAUCAGAGGGAUCGAAGGAAUUGAUUUGUAUUGAUGCCUUUUAUUAUUUCGUUUCUGAAUAGACCAACAACUCUUCUAGCUUGCCUUCCUUACCAAGACCGAAAAGAAAAACUAAGCUGCUCAAAAGGCUAAGCAGCUCCUGGGAAGUGCCCGAGAAAGCACACCCAAGUCUGCACCCUCGUCUCCCUAACGUUCCCGAGAGCCGAGAAGUGCUUUCUCUUAGUUCUUUUCCGGGACCAGACCUGGCCUUUACAUGAAUAGAUAACCAGACUGUCCUGGCAGUUCAGUCACUGUGGGAUGGACAAGGGACAGUUCCUGACCCAACUGCUCAAAAUGUCAACACUCCUACCACCAUCCAAUCCUUAGAUGAUGAAGAUGUCUUUCUCUGUGGGAAGUGUAAAAAGCAAUUCAACUCAUUACCAGCAUUCAUGACCCACAAGCGGGAGCAGUGUCAGGGGAGCGCCCCUGCACUGGCUGCUGUCUCCCUGGCCACCAAUAGCAUCUAUGCGCCCUCUGUCACAUCUGUGCAACAGGCUCCGCCAGCCAAUCGCCAGCAGAUCUCUACAUAUAUCACAGUGCCCCCAUCCCCUCUGAUCCAGACUUUGGUACAAGGGAACAUUUUGGUGAGUGAUGAAGUGCUGAUGUCAGCUAUGUCAGCCUUCACAUCACUGGAUCAGCCAAUGCCCCCUGUACAGCCCCCUGUGCAGCCUCCCGUGCAGAGCAGCCUGAGUAUGCACUCAGGUCCAGGUUACCUCCCUCAGCCUCCACCCCCUCCACCGCCCCCUCCGCCGUUGGCCCCUCCUCCUCCCCCGCAUCCCCCGCCCCCGCCUCCGCCUCCUCCACAGAACCUCGGGGCUCCUGGACGUCCCAGCACGGGGAGCAGUGGAGUAGUAGAGGUUUACAACGCCUCUGCCCCCCUGGCAGGAAGCAACGUGGUGGAGAUCCAGGCUCUGGGCAUGCAGCCCUACCCCCCCAUGGAGGUUCCAAACCAGUGUGUGGAGAAUCCUGUGUACCCCAGUCCCCCUGUAUAUAGCCCUGGGAAACAGGGCUUCAAACCCAAAGGACCGACCCCACCUGACCCCUUGACCAACUCCACCAGUGGUAAUGUGGGUGCUUUCAAUUCCCCUUCCACAUUGAAGACACGGCGUCCCAAAAGUGAUGGUGGACUUCAAGAAGGGAAGCCCAAGUGCCAGAAACUCAAGUGUACCUACUGCAACAAAACCUUCACCAAGAACUUUGACCUGCAGCAACACAUCCGAAGUCACACAGGGGAGAAACCCUUCCAGUGCAUUGUCUGUGGCCGGGCCUUUGCACAGAAGUCAAAUGUCAAGAAGCACAUGCAGACCCACAAAGUGUGGCCACCAGGGCAUGGGGGCACCAUCUCUCGGAACUCAGUGACUGUCCAGGUUAUGGCUCUGAACCCCACCCAGCAAGAGAAUGAGGAAGACUCAGGGAUCAGCCAGCCCCCCAGGAGUGUGCCCCAGCCUCAGGUCUUGGCUUCCACUGAGGAAAGCGAGGCAGGGAAACUGGACGCCAAGCAGGUGGUCCUCAUUGACAGCUCUUACCAGUGUCAGUUCUGUCCAAACAAGUUCAGUACCUACUUCCAGCUCAAAUCACACAUGACCCAGCAUAAGAACGAGCAGGUGUAUAAGUGUGUCGUGAAGAGCUGUGCCCAGACGUUCCAGAAGCUAGAUAUGUUCCUGGAGCACAUCAAGAGCCACCAGGAGGAACUGAGCUACCGGUGUCACCUGUGCAGCAAGGACUUCCCCUCCCUGUAUGAGCUGGGUGUGCACCAGUACUCCCACAGCCUCCUGCCUCAGCACAGCCCUAAGAAGGAUGUCACAGUCUACAAGUGUAUCAAAUGUGUCAAUAAAUACUCUACCCCUGAAGCCCUGGAACACCAUCUCCAGACAGCAACUCACAACUUCCCCUGUCCACACUGCCAGAAGGUGUUCCCCUGCGAGCGGUACCUUCGACGUCAUCUGCCCACUCAUGGCAGUGGGGGCAAAUUUAAGUGCCAGAUAUGUAAGAAGUUCUUCCGGAGGGAGCACUACCUCAAGCUGCAUGCCCACAUCCAUUCUGGUGAAAAGCCCUUUAAAUGCUCUUUAUGUGACUCGGCCUUUAAUCGGAAGGAUAAGUUGAAGCGACAUAUGUUGAUCCACGAGCCAACCAAGAAAUAUACAUGCCCCUUCUCGACGCAUACAGGCUGCAGUAAGGAGUUCAAUCGUCCAGACAAGUUGAAGGCUCAUAUCCUUUCCCAUUCGGGGAUGAAGAUCCACAAUUGCCAGUUCUGUAGCAAGUGCUUUAGCCGCCGGGCCCAUCUUGUGGAACACCAGCGCUCCCAUACUGACAACUACAAGUACCGCUGCUCCAGCUGCGGCAAGGGCUUCACGCGUAACAAGUACUUGAAGGAGCACCGGUGCAGGCUGGGCCCACUCAAGGACAAAGACCCCCAGGCCUGCCGACUCCAGAAGCAGCGGGGGGCUCGGAGCCACAAGGCCUCCCCACCUGACCCAUUGGGCCUGGAAGAACUCAAGGGCAGUACUGAGGGGACUGAGGGGGCUGGCUGUAGCAAAGACCCCUUCCCAGAGUCAGAUGCGGUUCUCUCCAUUGUGGUGGGAAGCUCAGUGGGGGGCGAGCCUGAGCUGGUGGUGCCAGGGCACACAGAUGGCAUGGGCCCAAACCUGACCCUGGCAGGACUGCAGUCUGCAGCUGAGGGCCCCUGUGCCAUGUUGGCUGUCCCUGUGUAUAUUCAGACCACCGAGUGACAAGGAGAGAGCACUGGCUGAACCUGGGUUUAGUGCUGGGGCUCAGUUCCCCAUCACUGCUGCUGCUGAGUGUCCUGGGCCAUGGGCCCCCUUAUAAGGCACAUAAAGAAGUACUUCUCAGGCUUCUUCCCUUCCCUGAUAGGAGGAGAGGGAGGACAGCAGCCUACUGGGGCCUGUCAAGGCUAUCUAACAUCCCCUUAUGCAAACAGGGUGAAUCCUAGGGAUUGCCUGGGGCCAGCCCAUGCUACUACUCUUGGGUCUGGUCCUGCCCAGGCUCAAGAGAUGGGACCUGAGAAGUGUGGCACUUGGGUUUGUGAUCCAGUCAGUAUGCCUGGUAUUUGGGCAAAUGGCCUUCAUGAGGGCAGACCAAUGAUCCUUCCUACUGGAAGCAAGUCAACAGUGAAAAUCCUUUUGGAAUGUCAUUUAUAAAUACCUCACAUCCUUUAUGGUGGCUUUUAUAUAGGGAAGUCUUUUGGUUGGCCAGGGCCUAGGAGAGGUUUUAUGAUGCUUUUGUCUCCCAUGACCAUAGUUCUCUCAUAAUCUACCAGCCUUUGGGGCAGGACAGGUGGGGGAGGGGGCUGAGGAGAUGAGAGAGUUAGAAAGAGUUAGAAAGCAUGGGUAGAUGGACCCUGGAUCCUGCUGUAGUCUAUAGGCCAGUGAUUCAUCUUCCUGUUCCUGACCUCACAUGUUAUAUGGGAUGAAGCAUAAACAUUAAGACAGUCAGGGAGAAGAAGCCAUUGUACAGCUUGCUAUCCUUCUUCUGACCCACCUCUGAGGGAAAUAAGGCAGAAAUCAAGCUAACCCUAAGGCUGGCGGGCAAGGAAAUGGAGAGCACAACAAGGGCACACUGAGUCAUAGCAGCUUGUGGUACUCCUGAGAUCAUAAGCCUCCUCCCUCUGCUCUUUCACCUCCAUCACUGGCUAUGAGGCAGGGAGAAACUCUAGCUGUAAAAGUGACUUGAUUCCACCAAGAUUUGGUAACCCUUGUCUUCAGUUAGCCCUGGACUCAAGUGUACUAGAAGGAAUAAGGGGGCAGGCCCAGUCUUGUCUGUGCUGAGGAAGAGGGAAAAGAGGGGCUUGAGGGAGAUAGAAUCCAGAGGUUUGGGGAUAAGGUCUCAUCUCCUAAUGGAGCCCUUACAGUCUCCUGCCACAGCCUCCCCCUCUCUUGCCCUGCACUUGGGCUUACAGCUAACUCAAGGUUCCAAGAGCAGCUUUGGCAACACAUGUUUCUGAAUGGAGUAAGGUAAGGGGUUAGUGGUCCUUGUGGAGUGUUCUUCAGUGGAAUAAAUGCAAUUUGAUGAUGGAAAUUCCAACCUCCUUCAAAUGUGAAGGGAAAGACUUAAAGAAUGAAACUCUUGUGUGAUGCAUAGGAUUGGAGGUCUUAAAGAUCAUCUGGUCUGACUCCUCAUUUUUCAACCGAGGAAAUGGGUCCAGAAAGGAUAGGAGUCUAACCUGGAGUCACAUAGAUCAAGUGGCCGAACACAGUUUGACCCCAGGACUUCCGACUCCAUAUCAUUGUGCCAUGCUGCCUUCCCUUCACAUCCAUCUCAGGCAUGUGAACCUUGGGGAGGCCUGGCUGUGAUCUCCUGGAAGCGAGAACCCAGAGGACCUGGUGCAGAAUUAGCCCCAGGACAGAGUCACUGGGUGAUGCUGGGCAUCAUCCCUGCUGCUCCUGUGAGAAAGGCACUUGUCAGGUGAUUUGGAGAUGAUGAGGAAUGAGGAAGUGGGAGGAGUUAAGUAUCAGCCCAUCAUUUAUUAAGUACGUAUUAUUUGCCAGGUUACUAUGCAAAAGACAAGACAGUCCUUGUCUUCAAAAAACUUACAUUCUCCUGAGAAGACAAAACUUUGUAAGACAAGUGAAUACAGGGUGCAUGCUAGAUAUUGAGAGGCAGCCUCCAGAUCUGAGCAGAAAGAUCUGGAAUUAAGUCUUGCCUUUGGCAUAAAUGGGCUCUGUGACUUUGGACAAGUCAUUUAACAUCUCAGCACCCAGUCUGUCUUUGGUUAUGAAUUGCUUGCCAGAUAUGCACUGGUAAAUAGUUGAUUACACCAGAGCAAAGACAGAUCCCAGCUAAAUUCUGCCUCAGGAACAGAGGAUGCCAAUUACUGGGGGAAUCCCAAAGGUCUUUGGAACUGAACCUCCAUCUGUGAGCUAGAAGCUCCAAGAGGUGGAGGUGAAGAGGAGAUGACUUGUAAAAACAGGAAUGAAAGUGGAAUGUUCUGGCUAGGGGGCAGAAAGGAGACCUGUGUGGGGAAGCACAGUACAUGUAAGGGGAUAUCAUAUAUAAUCAGCCCAGAAAGGUGGACUUUCUCAGGCUUCUUCCCUGCCCAAUAGGGCAGCUUGUGAGGGUCUAUAAAGGGUAAACAGACGAAUCUGUGUUUUAUCCCAUAAGCUAAGAGGAGCCAUUGAACUUUAGCAGAGGAAUGACAUCAGAUUGUGUUUCUGCAACAUCAUUUUGGAAGUUGUGUGGAGAAUGGAUGCAAAGAGACCAAAUGAGAGGCUAUUGUAGUAUAGAUAGCUAAUGGGCUAAGGCCCAGAGUCAGAAGACCUGAAUUCAAAUCCAGUCUUACAUACUAGCUCUGUGACCUUGGGCAAGGAAUAACUUCCAUUUGCCUCAGCUUCCUUGAUUGUAAAAUAACACCUUUGAUUGUGAGAAUCAAAUUAACUAAUGUGUAAAACACUUAAAAACAGUGCUUGGCACAUAGUAAGUUCUGAAAAUGUUAGCUGUAUCAUUAUUGCUAUCAAUGCAGUAAAGAAUAGAUCAUCUACACUAGAGUGGUUAUGGUAUAAAUGGAGGGAUAGAAUGGGGACGGAUAAAAGAUGUUGAGGAGGUAGAAAUGACAAAACUUGUCAGCUAAUUUCAUGUGGGAGGUAUGAUCAUGAAGGUGGUUGAUCAAGAGUAUGGCCUUCCCUGUGUGAGCCUGAAGUCAGAUGAAAGCUGAGGAUCAAAUGUUUUGAAGGUCCUCAGUUUAGAGCUGGAAGCACUAUAGAAAUCUAGUCCAAUUCUUUCCAGAUGAGGGAUCUGAGACCCCAAGAAGUCAGCUGACUUACCCAGGAUAAUGGCAGUAAUUGGUAUGAAGAGGAAGACUUUGAACCCAGUACUGACCUGCUUGGGAAUGAGAGAAGAUGACCUAAAUUCUAGUAAUAGCUUUAGAUAGGGUGGAGUGACCUUCAGAAGAAGUGUGCCUGAGUGGUAAUAACUGAAGAGUGGCACUUGAAAAGGCAGGAAACAAGCUGUUACCUUACCUUUGUUGUAUUGUCUACUGGGGGUGGGAUGUUGAUCCAGACUGAAAGUGUCUGCCUUACUGAACUGGGAGGACAGUUAAGUAGUGCCUUCUGGAGAAGUGGGCGGGACAAAUGUCUAUAUAUAUCAGAAAAUGGAUGAUGAAGUGUAGAAACAUCUAAGCUAAAGAGAAGUCAACAAUAGAAUGGGAAUUUCAAAGAGUACAAUGGAAGGGAUAAACUGGGACUUGGCUAGAGAUGAGAUAUUGGGAAAUAGUAUCUAGGGAAAGGAUUUUUUUACCUAGCCAGCUGGGACUGAAUCAUAGGGAUAAGGAGAGGAAGUAUAUUUGUUAGCCAUGGGAAUGAAGUGAGGGACCAUUUGGCUGGGGCUCUCACCAUUAAGGGCCCUUUUGUGGUAAAAGUAAUCCUUAGUUCUCUCUCAAAUACCAGGAAGGAAGGGAAAAUAGGAUUGGUGUCCUAGGCCUCAUUGCUAAAGGAGAUUCUGAAGGCAAGAAGAUUGGCAUCUGAUGCUUGUCUUGGAGGUCAGAGGCCUAAUGCCUGAGUAUCGGUAGCCUCUGAGGCAGUAGGUUAGGAUAGAAGAAGUGGGGGUGCGUGUAGGAGUGAGGAGAGGAGAUUAGGAUCCUUGGGGAAUGGGUGAGAGGUGAAAGGUGAAAGAAGGGACCCUAUUCCCCAUCACCUAGGGGGAGCUCACAAAAGCAUUGUUCUUCCUGCCCUGGUGGUAUUGGUCCUACCAGCAGACCUCCUCAGUGUUAACUUCUUCCUUUCUCUAAGCACCAUGUUCUCAUCUAAGUGAACCAUUUGGAACAGGUCUAUUUCAAUUUCAGAUUAUAAAAAGUGAAGGUAUAUGAGUGGUUCAAAUUGUCAGUGAGUUCUCUUCUUUGUCCUCAUUUUAUUCUGCUGUCAGAUCAGCAUUUCCAUCUCAGCCCCUGAAAUGGUGCCUUUAUCCAAGUGGGUUUGUUGACCAAGACAAGUAGAUUUAAUUGACAUCAUUGUAGGGAAGCUAAGCAGUUUAUUGGAACAACUAAGUGGCACGUUGGGCUUUGAGUCAGGAAGAUCUGAGUUCGAAUCCAGCUUCAGGCAUUAGCUGUGUGAGCUGGGAAAGUCACUUUACCCUGUUUCAAUUCCUUGUUUGUAAAAUGAGCUGGAAAAGGAAAUUGCAAAUCAUUCUAUCUUUGCCAUCUAUCCUUGCAAUCUAUCUUUGUCAAGAAAACCCAAAAUGAUGUUAAGAGUAGGGCAUGAGUAAACAACAAAAAGCUAUUUAUUGCAAGAAGUAAGUGGCUUAGGUAAAAUACUAACUAGAGCCUUAUGGAUUCUAGUAUGAAGUUAAGGGAAGUCUUGUGCCUUGUGCUUGAAUACCAAAUCAACCAACCAACCAACAAACAUUUAUUCAGUGCCUUUUAAUGUGCUAAUCACUGUCCUAGAUCCUGAGAAAGCAGAUAAAAAUGAAACACUGCUUGCCCUCAAAGAGCUUAUGUUUUAUUGUGUGUGUGAAAAGAAAAAAAAUUAUUAAAAUGUUAUUAGAGAGAGGGCACUAAUUGGAUAAGGAGUGGAUAUAAAGAGUUUUCCUAUAGAAGAUAUUGAUUAUAGUCUUGAAGGAAGUGAGGGAUUCUGAGGGAGCACAUUCCAGGUAUGAUAUGGAAGUCAGUGCAAAAGCAUAAAGAUAGGAGAUGGUAUUUUGUGUGUGAGAAACAACCAGAAAGCCAAUUUGGGUAGAAUAUAGUAGAGUUUGGUAAAGGGAAUAAUGUAUAAAGAGGUUGGAAAGACGGCUUGGGAUCAGAUUGUGAAAGGCUUGAAAAGCCAGAAAGAGGAGUUUUGUCUUAGAAGCAAUUCACUGGAGUUUGUGGAAGAUUGGAAUGAUAUGGUCAGACCUGAACCUAAGGAAAAUUGCUUUGGGAGGAUGGAUUGGAAUGAGAGAUUGGAGGUAGGGGAGACCACCAUGAGAUGAGGUUAUAGUUCAGUUGAGAGAUGAGCACAUCACAUUGGGUGGUGUUAGAGUGAUGAGAAAGGGACAAAUGGGAGGGAUUGCAAAGAAAAUAGCAAGAUUUGCCAGCUUAAAGAGAAGUUAUUAACAUUAAAAUUGUGAAACUAGGAGGCUAGAAGUAUGGUGGUAUACUUGGUAGAAAUAGAAAAGUUCAAAAGAGUGGGUUUGGGGGAGGACAUGAGUUCUGUUUUAGACAUGCUGAGUUUCAGGUUUUUAUGAUAUGUGCAAUUUGAUAUGUCUGAUAUCCAAGUGUGGGAAUGGAGCUUAGGAGAAAGAUCAGAGCCUAUUUGGAAGCCAUUGGCAUAGAGAUGGUAAUUAACCCAAUAGGAGGUCAUGAAGUGAAAGAAUGUAGAAAGAAAAGAGGAGUGUUGUUUCCAUGGUGUUCCCCACUGUUGACCAAAAGAUAGCUGUGUAACUUCUAUUUACACUGACUUCAUUCCAUUCCUUUCUGACAUCCUUAGUCAGGACAGUGAUUUUAGGACCCUGAUAUUUAUAUGGCUCUGAAUAAUUUCCCAAGCACUUUCUUAUUUGUUGGUCCCUUCAGUCACUAGUGUUAUAACAUUAAGUUUCUGUUAUGUGUACCUGUGGUCAGGGUUGGAGAUGCAAAGAUGAAAAUGCUUUCCUUGUCCUCAGAGUGCUAGCUUACAGGUUAAUGAAGGAAGGGAAGAAUCAAUGAUACGACCAAAAGGAGAGGCCCAGAUACUGUAUUAGGAGCAAAAUUUGAGAAGGGAGUUAUAACACAAUUUCAGACGUUAAGAGUUGGGAAUGCAAGGAGGCUUCAUGGAGGAGCUGGCAUUUGAACCUUGAGGGAAGGAAAUUAUUCCAGUGGAUGGAAAUAAUCUUGAGGUUGUCCCAGAUGAGAGAUGGAGGGCAGGAUGAGAUAGGGAAAGACAAACUUA